UGGUGAUGGCAUUGUUUUUCAGGAUUUGGAGCAGCCACCAUGUUCCAGAGAGAUUACCAAGAGCACAGUGAUGAUGUGUUACAUGUGGCCUUUGAUGGAGAUGGAGUCCUGUUUUCAGAUGAGUCAGAGAGUGUCUACAAAAACAAAGGGCUACAAAGUUUCUUUGAUAAUGAAAGAGAUAACGAGGACAAAGCUUUGGAACUGGGCCCACUAAAAGAGUUUUUUAAAGCAUUGGUACAUCUCCAGCAGAAGUUCAAACCGGAAAAUUGUCCAAUUCGUACCUACUUGGUAACAUCACGUGGCACGGCAAGUCCUGGAUUAAGAGUCCUGAAGACUCUUAAGGAGGAAAAGCUGGAGAUAAAUGAGGCAUUCUUUCUGUCUGGUCCCCAUAAAGGGCCUGUGCUGAGAGCAAUCAAUCCCCACAUUUUCUUUGAUGACCAGACACCACACAUUGAGGAAGCUCUUCAAAAUGGUGUUAUUGGUGCUCAUGUACCUUAUGGUGUGAGUAAUGAGUGAGACUAAAUCCGAAUUUGAUUAGUAAAGGCCUGACAUGCACUGCCCUGCCGGUGGUGCAGCACAAUACUUUCUCUUAUUAUGUGAUUUACAAAGUCAAAACAGCUAAAUUUAGUGAUUAUUUGUGAUUUUGUUUAC